GGUUUCUUAAAAAUCAGUAAACAACAAAAGUGAAUUCUUUAGAAAAUCUUAAGGACUUUUAAUCAAAACAAUGGACUUACGCUUUGCAAGCGAAGCAAAUCAUAAACAUAUUCAACAACUCUAUCCUCUCUAUCAAUUUCAAGUCAACGUUGAAACAUUUCAUGGAAGAGGAAUUCAAAGUUUCAAUUUUUCAUUUGAAAAACUUGAUGGGAUUGUACAAUUAAGAAUCUCUGAUGUUGUCAAUCAAAGCAAGAUGUAUUUGUGUACAAUAGAUAACAUAACAUAUCAAGAAAUCAAGACUGAGCAGUCACUUCAAGUUGCUUUUCAAGGAUUCAUCGAUCAUUUAAUAACAAUACUAGAUUCUUGUCGGAAAAAUGAAUUAUUUAUUUCCCUUAUACAAAGUCAAAAUAGUUUCAUACUUCAGUUUUAUGAGAAAAGAUCUCUGAAAAAUCUGAUUCAUUUAUUUCUUAGAGUAAAUGAAGCUCCUCCAGCGAUUAUAAUGUAUCAUCUUAACUUAAGUAUUACACACCUUAAAGAUGAAGUUUCAUCAAUUAAUCAACGAAAUCAAUAUCUUGAUAAUGAGGUAAACAAAAGAGAUUUUCACAUAGAAGAGCAACAGAAAGAAAUUGCUACGCUCAAAAAUAAAGUAGCAGAGAACGAAAACAUGAUCUUGUUUCGAACAACAGAAGAGAUUCAACGAUUACAACAAGAAAUUAAGAGAAUAGAAACAUCUAAAGAAUUUGAAGAAAAUCGUCUGAGGGCUCUUGUUAAAAGUUUUGAAACGAAAGUUGAUCAGUUAACAAAGGAUAACUUUUCAUUGAACGAAAAGAUUCAGUUGGAAGUCAAGAAAAGCGAGACGCUUAAGCAUGAAGUCGAAGAUAUGAAAAGGAAAUUAACUGCGAUGAGUACCGAUAAUAAUCGCUUGAAAAAUAAUCUCAGUCAAUUCGAUGCUAAAGACAAGCAACAGCGGAUGAAAGUCGACGAGUUGAAUCAACAGAUGGCUGAUACUUUGGAAAAAUUACGAUCGGCAAACAAGGAGACGUCCAAUUUACAAGCGGAGAUUGAAGCUGAGAAACAAAUUUGCCACACAAAGAAGCGCGCCCUUCAAAUAGCUACUGAUGAACUCACUAAAAAUCACGAGACAAUCAAACGAUAUGAGAAGAAUGUUGAAAAACUUAAAAAGGGCAUCGAAUGGCGUUCACUGUUGAUGAUGAGGAUAAAUUAUGAAAAUCAGCGGAAUUUGGUAAAUGUUGAGCAAUCUCGGAUUAAGCAAAAUUAGUUAAAUUAAAUCGUUUUUAAAUGAUGUUGAAAUUACCUUUUUUUUUGUUUAUUGUUUUCGAUUCACAUUAAGAUUGAUUAAGUCAAACUCGAGGCUGGAAAGUCUUAAGAAAUGAAAUUCGAAAUUAUUUUUAAAUUGCUUUGUUCUGAAUGUAGUUUAAUUAUUCCUAUUAAAAUGUUUGACACAUUUCAAGUCCAAUCUUGAGCUGACAGAAUUCUCUGAUUUUCAAGUAAAUGCAUUUCAUGAACUUGAAUUAUCACCUACACACAGUGAUCGUUUUCUUCAUUCUCUCUCACUCGCUUAUGUUUUGUUUGUUUUCAACAUCCCAAAUGUGGAGACGAGAUAAUUUUAAGUCGACGAUGAAAUUUACUCAAGUUACUUAUUCAAAUAAAGGAAAAGAAAUAAAUUUUAAGAGAAGAAAUUUCGUCGAUAUUUUUAUUUAUUUACGGAAUCACUUUUUUAUACUUUUUAAUUAUUGUGCAAC